GGGAGGGAGAGUUAGACAGAAACAGAGAGAGAGCGAGGAAAAGAGACAGACAGACAGCUGGACAAUCUGCAUCUCACAGCCUCAGUCUCCCCCACCUCCCUCUCGUUCUCCCCCUCUCCCUCUCUCUCCCCCUCUCUCUCUCUCUCUCUCUCUCUCUCUCUCUCUGGGGCUGGUUCUCCCCCGUCUCUCCAUCGGAGUGGUCCAUUUGUUCCAGUUGAAGCUAUGUGGCCGUGGACCGGGGGCUGAGCUGGUGGUGGUGGUGGCUGGCUGGCUGGUCGAGCUGGGUGGGAUUAGCUCCCGGUUUCAUCAAACUAGCCCUUCCUCAUCCUCAGCCUUCUCCUCUUAUUUCCGGAAUCCGUUUUUUUUUUUCUUUUUUUCCUUUUUUUUUUUCUUCUUCCCAGAAGCUGGUCGGUAACUAAAGCUCUGCUUCGUUCCGGAUCCUCGUCUACUGCUCUCUCUCCCUGCUGCUCUCUCCGCUCCUCUCUCCUCCUCUGGUCGUCUCCUCUCCUCUCCUCUCCCCUCUCUCCUCUCUGCUCCGCUCCCUCUCCUCGCUCCUCUCCUCUCCUCUCCUCUCCUCUCCUCUCCUCUCCUCUCCUCUCGUUUCUCUCCUCUCCGGCUGGCAAGAUGUGGUCCACGCUGUUGCUCCUUCUCCUCGCUUUGAUCCACGUGUCGGUGCAGGGGCCCCACCAGAGGCACCUCCUGAAGAACCUGCUGAAGGACUACAACCGCAUGGAGAGGCCGGUGGGCAACGACUCCCACUCGCUGACGGUGGUCUUCAGCCUCAGCCUGAUCCAGAUCAUGGACGUGGAUGAGAAGAACCAGGUGCUGACGACCAACAUCUGGUUGAGGAUGGGCUGGUUCGACCACUAUCUCCAGUGGAACCAAACCGAAUACCCUGGGGUGAAAAACCUCCGCUUCACCACCGACCAGGUGUGGACACCUGAUAUCCUGCUGUACAACAGUGCAGAUGAUGACUUUGACUCUACCUUUAAGACCAACGUCCUGGUCAACUCCAGUGGCUACGCCGAGUACCUCCCACCGGGAAUCUUCAUGAGCACGUGCAACGUGGACGUGCGCUGGUUUCCGUUUGACAUGCAGAAGUGCGAGCUCAAGUUCGGCUCGUGGACGUACGACGGCUGGCUGCUGGACCUCCAGAUGAACGAGGCCGACAUCUCGGGCUACAUGCCCAACGGAGAGUGGGACCUCGUGGGGGUACCGGGCACCCGCAGCGAGGCCUUCUACGACUGCUGCAAGGAGCCCUACCCGGACGUCACCUUCGUGGUGACCAUGCGGCGGCGGACACUGUACUACGCCCUCAACCUGCUGAUCCCCUGCGUGCUGCUGUCCUCCAUGACCCUGCUGGUCUUUGUGCUGCCCGCCGACUCCGGAGAGAAGAUCUCCCUGGGUAUCACUGUGUUGCUGUCUCUAACGGUCUUCAUGUUGCUCGUGGCAGAGAUCAUGCCGGCCACAUCCGACUCGAUUCCUCUAAUAGGGCAGUACUUUGCGAGCAUCAUGAUCAUCGUUGGGGCGUCGGUCGUGGCCACGGUGGUGGUGCUGCAGUACCACCACCACGACCCAAACGGAGGCACCAUGCCUAAAUGGAUGCAGCUGGUGCUGCUGCAGUGGGUGGCGUGGUUCCUGCGGAUGAAGCGCCCGGGCGAGAGCGAGGACCCCGAGAGGCCCCCCUGCGCCCCCCACCUGCGGCGCUGCUCCUCGGGCUCCCAGACCAACAGCCUGCCCAACGCCCCGGAGCCCGCCCUCCACCCGCUGCACCCGGGCAGCCUGGCGCCGCUCCAGACGGGCUCCCUGCACGCCGGCGGCGGGCACCCCCCCCACCUGCAGCACCCCCACCUGCAGCACCUGCACCACGCCCAGUCCAGCGCCAACAACAACGGCGGCCUGCUGUACAUGGGCUUCCAGAGCCUGGACGACGCCUCGCUGCUGGCCGACGCCGUGCAGCGGAGCAACAACAUGGCCUCCGCCUCCUCGGUGGCGGGCAGCCUGCGGGUGGUGGCGGGCGGGGCCAGCCCGCCACCACACUCCCAGGCCCAGUUCUGCGUCUCCCCGCCCACGGCCGGCUCGACCCACGGCGACACGCUGGGCUGUCCCAGCACCGUCUCCAGUGGCGGGGGCUUCGGGGGCGCGGGGGGCUGCCCGGCGCUGGGCGUGGGGGGCAUGGGGGACCCCCAGCUGCAGGCGCUGCUGGAGGAGGUGCGCUACCUGGCGGACCGCUUCCGGGAGCAGGACGAGGCGGCGGGCACGGCCGACCAGUGGAAGUUUGCGGGCGCGGUGAUCGACCGGCUGUGCCUGGUGGCGUUCAGCGUGUUCAACAUCAUCUGCACCAUCUCCAUCCUCAUGUCGGCGCCCAACUUUGUGGAGGCCAUCUCGAAGGACUUCAUCUGAGGCAAGGACCCGGGAGGGUCACGAAAAAGAAGUGCAAACACAGGAAGAACCGAAACAGAAGGGCGGGGAAAGGAGAGCCGGGGUGGACGAGGAGGAAGGGGGGACGGCGAGCCUUGUGUUACGGACCAGAUGUCCGUAAGAGAUGUAGACCGCUUUUUAACGGACGGGGGGGAAAAAAAGCACUUUAAGGAAGUAGUCAAUAGGAAGUCUUUGGGGAAAGGCGGCAGGAGAGAAGCUCUUGACGGUGUCUCGGAUAAACUACACACACGGAGAGGAGUGAGGAAGAGCAUCAGAUAACAGAAGGGAUCCCAACAGGCGCUGGAGGGCUGAACGCCGCUCACCAAGACCCCCCCGGCGGCACCGGCAGGAGCGACGGAUCGGGUUUGUGAUCUGUAGAACCGCUCCAGAGGACGGGAGGCACGGAGACGGCACCCGGCGGAACGCAGAGCCGCCUCGCGAUGGGAUGUGAGACGAGGAGGAGGGGGGGGAGAGCCCGAGGCCAGGAGGCAGAGAUGGAGAGAGCGUCGGGGACAGGGGGAGAUAGGUAGGCCAGACAGAAGCCAGAUAAAUAAGACAGACGAGCAGGAAGGGGGAGUUGUGCUUUAUUUCCUGGCAGAGGAAAUGACAGUCUCUUCACUCCCACAUCCCUAAAACCUGAGCUGAGAAGAGGACUGCAUUGUUUCAAGGGACGGGAAGGAUGGGGCUGAUGGGGGGGAGAGAGGGGGCUG